UAGCCACGACGUCUGAGCAUCUCGUUUCACGUCCGAAAUAUGUCGCCCGCUCAUCUCUCUUCCGGGGCUGCGUGAUCCUGUUCUACUUAUUUUCAUCCCUUUGGGUGUUUUCGAUCAAAACGUCUUCGAGUGAAAGCACCUAAUUACCCAGAUACCUAGGUAAUACAUUUAUUACAUGCGAAAAGUCCACUCGAAAAGUCGCAAUAGCUGCCUAAGGUGCAAGCAGCGACGCGUAAAAUGCGAUCUGCAAGCUCCUAUUUGCUCGAACUGCACGCGGCGGAAGGAGAACUGUGAAUGGCCAUCUUGGGCUACGGCUUUUACAGAAAACCAAGCCACCAUAUCCGCCUACUCUGCAUACCCGUUGGCACCUAGUCCAUUGAGAAUGAGUCUCGCAGCCGACGUGUCGGCCGGGUUCCCGUACCUUGAUUUAGGUGUAAGAGCGUGCCUAGCAAACACUCUUUCGGCCAUUCCCUUCUCCGGAAAUGAAGUGGCUCUUUGGGGCCAGUCGUUGGCUAAGCCCGCUUCUAAGUUUCAGUACCUUCAGCCAGCCCUGUUUUCUCUGGUCUCGCUCUACUCCGAAAGAUACGAUCCCCAGAACGUCCCUCAUGAUCGGUCGUUAGCCUACCGACAACAUCUUGAUGCGACAACGCUGUUCCGAAAUACGCCUCCCGUCGUCAACGAAGAAAACUGGUCAGCAGUCCUCAUAUUUGGGUUAGCUGUUGUUGUCUUCCAGUUUGCAACCCAGCAGACAUGUCCGGAUGCUGCUUUCGACUAUAUGGAAACACUUCAUGUGCUAAGGAUGUCUGCGAAUCUGGCCCGGGAGGUCUUCCCUUUUCUUUCUAAGAGUAGCAUGUGGCCCUUCAUUCAACACCGGGUCCGUCUGUCAAUGAGGCCUCCUGACCCUAGGGCCCAAGCCGCUAUCAAGACCCUGGAAGAUGCCGUCUUGUCCUACGCCGUGCUAGAUGACGAUCAAGAAGCACGAAUUCGAGGCCUCAACGCAUUCAAGGACUGGGUCGUGGACUGCGACGGGUACCCCAGAGUAUGGCGUCAUUAUAUCCAGUGGCCCCGGUCUUUGCGAAACGAGUUCCUUCUGCUCUUGUUGAAGGAUGAUGAUAUCGCUCUCCUGAUCUUGAUACACUGGUGCGUCUUUUUACACCUGAGCCCGAAUCGGUGGUGGCUGGAGCUUUGGCCCCGUCGAACUGCAGCUUCCGCGAUGAGCAAAUUUACGCAAGAUUGGGAAGCUCUCGCCUGGCCCAAAACGGUAUUCGCACUGCCCGGAUGUCGCGAUGAACGUUAGGGAAUGUCGUCAAUUAAACGCAAGACAAGUUGGCCCUACCCGUUGAAGGCCUUCAGGACCAGCUAUCCACAAUUUCAAAGAAAGGCGGCUGUAGCUCCACUCCUGAUGACGAUCGCUAUUGUGCAGCAUAGUUCCAGCUUUAUUCCCGGCAUCGCUUUUGUAGGGAACUUCGAGACUCUUCUUCUAUUUGUACUCAAAGCUGUCGAACAUCGACGCCAUAAUAUACCUUCUGUCCAG